CUACCAACUUCAAAAAUGCUCCGUGUACGGUUGUCAUCAUCGCGUUGUGUGCUGCUUGUGCUCUGUCUGCUUCCGCUCCCCGUUGCCUGGCUUCUGCGUUCUGCCAUCACGGCGUCAUCCACUUUGACGUCCGCCGCUGCCACCGCCGCUGCUGCCACCUCCAGCAACGCCACCCGCCAGUUCCACGCCAUUGUGAUGGGCCCGCCUGGUGGAGGCAAAGGAACCAUCUCGUCAUGGCUCGUUCGCGACUUCCAGUUCAAGCACUUGUCCAGCGGCGAUCUUUUGCGCAAACAGAUUGCCCAAGGCACCGAGCUCGGUCGCGUUGCAAAUGAAUACAUCAAGAAAGGAGCCCUUGUGCCGGACAGUCACGUCCUUGGCAUGGUCUUGGCGGAGCUGGCCUCCCUCGACCCCGAAGAACGAUGGCUGCUUGAUGGUUUCCCGCGAUCACUCGAGCAGGCCAAAGAACUUGACGCUGCUUACAAGAUCCAUGCUGUCAUCAACCUGGACGUUCCACACGAAGAGAUUACGGAACGCAUCAAGCAUCGGCACGUGCACAUUCCAAGCGGUCGCGUUUAUCACACCAUCUACAACCCACCCAAACAAGCGGGCCUCGACGAUGUGACUAACGAGCCGCUCACUCAGCGUGAGGACGACAAGGAAGAAGCAGUUCGUGCACGGCUGGUCAAGUACUCUGCCAUCACCCAGCCACUGGUGCACUACUACCAGCAGCGUGGUACGUUGCACAAUUUCCCCGGCACCGAGUCCAAGGUCAUCUACCCAGAGGUUGCCAAGUACUUGAAGGCGGUCAUUCCUCCAGCAUGAAUCAAGCGUCAAUUGGCGUUGUUCUAGCCGGACUUGGACUGCACACAUACCAGCCGGCCGAUUGUGUCCGGAUCAUAAUUUCACUGAUUUUUGGGACCCACCUAUAUUACAAUGGGGGUUUUCGAUUGUGUGAUCAGUCUAACCGUGCAAAUUGGGCUGCUGGAACGGUGACUGUUUAUUAAAGCUCCAAUUCCCACU